AUGACCGCUGCGCUAUGGGUCGUGCUUAUCUUGGGUCUAUCAACGACCCAUUUGGUAGUGGCUGCUUACGAGUACCAGAUUAAAACGAUCGACGUCCCAAUCGACCAUUUUACGUAUACCAGCGAAGCUACGUUUAAAUUGCGCUACCUGAUCAACGAUACGUAUGCCCAAAACACCAACGACCCCAACCAACCGAUACUGUUCUACGCUGGAAAUGAAGGUGACAUCGAGCUAUUUGCCAAAAACACCGGCUUCAUGUGGGAGCUAGCACCCAAGCUGAAGGCAUCACUAUUAUUUAUAGAGCAUCGGUUCUACGGUCAUUCGUUUCCGUUCGGGAACGCGUCGUUCGAAUCUCCAACGAAUCUAGGCUAUUUGACAUCUGAGCAGGCACUGGCUGAUUUUGCACUGGUGCUUCGAACGCUUAACCCGAUUAAUGGUACGAAACGGGCUCGUCCAGUCAUAGCAUUCGGAGGAUCUUACGGUGGUAUGCUGGCCGCCUGGAUGCGCAUCAAGUAUCCACAUCUAGUGGCGGGUGCAAUAGCUGCAUCAGCCCCAAUCCGUCAGUUCCAGGGCGUGACACAAUGCGGAAUCUUCAACCAAAUCCUUACUUCUGUGUAUCAGGUCGCAUACAACGCCGAGUGCGUAUCCAACAUACGCCGCUCGUGGACCAUGCUGCAAAACUAUUCGUCCACCGCUGACGGGCUGAGAGUGCUGAACGAAAAGUUUAAAUUUUGCACCAACCUCACCAAGGCUACGGAUGUAACUGAGACGUUCUUUGACUAUCUCACCGAUGUAUACGGCAAUCUGGCAAUGAUCAACUAUCCGUACGAAUCGAACUUCCUUGCACCGGUACCUGCUUAUCCGGUACGAGAGUUUUGUGGCCGUCUAGACAAAAAUUACACCGGUGCCGAGUUGUUAGAUCAUCUGGAGUCCGCAUUGUCCAUUUACACCAACUACGAUGGUAAGGCAACCUGUCUCAACAUCAACUCUUCAUACGAUGGUAGCGGCAUUGGUGAUCGUGGCUGGGAUUUCCAAGCCUGCACGGAAAUGGUAAUGCCGAUGUGCGCUGACGGUGUGCACGACAUGCUUCCGCCACAACAAUGGGACUUGCAAAAUUACUCGGACAAAUGCUUCAAGAAAUACGGUGUGCAUCCACGGCCCAAUAACGCGCUUCUUAAUUACGGUGGCGAGUUUCUCGAAGGGAGCAUCACGAAUAUCGUCUUCAGCAAUGGGCUACUAGAUCCGUGGUCCGGAGGCGGUGUAUUGCGUUCAACCAAUGACAAUAUCAAGAUAGUGCUUAUUCCCGAAGGUGCUCAUCAUAUUGAUUUGCGCGCGUCUAACCCGAAUGAUCCGUCCUCGGUAAUACGCGCACGUGCCGUACACGUCCAAAACAUACAAAAGUGGUUGACUGAGUACAGGAAGCAACAAAAGGUGUAUUAG